GUAAAGAUGGCGGCGACCAGAGGACUGUGGAGGACGUGGUGCCUGUGGUCCCCCAGGACCUCGCUCCUGCUCCCUGCCGCCGGCCGGCCGCACAGCUCCGGGCCCCGGACCUCGCUGUCCGCGCCGCCGUGGCCGCAGCAGCCGGUCCCGGUCCCGCAGGAGGAGGAGCGACACGCCGCCGUGGUGAGCACCGUGAACCGGCUCAUCCAGCGGCAGGACUUCGGCCGCCUCUUCGCCGUGGUGCACUUCGCCGGGCGGCAGUGGAAGGUCACCGCGGAGGACCUGGUCCUGAUCGAGAACCACAUCGAGGCGGAGUGCGGCGAGCGGAUCCGGAUGGAGAAGGUGCUGCUGGUCGGGGCGGAGGACUUCACCCUGGCCGGGAGGCCUCUGCUGGGGAAGGAGCUGGUCCGGGUCGAGGCCACCGUCCUGGAGAAGACCGAGUCCUGGCCCAAAGUCCACAUGCGGUUCUGGAAGAGACACCGGUUCCAGCAAAAGAAGAUCGUCAUCCAGCCUCAGACGGUGCUGAGGAUCAACAGCAUCGAGCUGGAGCCCAGACUCUCAUGAUGAAGACUGGACCUGACUCUCAUGAUGAAGACUGGAUCCGACUCUCAUGAUGAAGACCGGACCCGACUCUCAUGAUGAAGACUGGACCUGACUCUCAUGAUGAAGACUGGACCUGACUCUCAUGAUGAAGACUGGACCUGACUCUCAUGAUGAAGACAAGACCUGACUCUCAUGAUGAAGACUGGACCUGACUCUCAUGAUGAAGACUGGACCUGACUCUCAUGAUGAAGACUAGACCUGACUCUCAUGAUGAAGACUGGACCCGACUCUCAUGAUGAAGACUAGACCUGACUCUCAUGAUGAAGACUGGACCUGACUCUCAUGAUGAAGACUGGACCUGACUCUCAUGAUGAAGACUGGACCUGACUCUCAUGAUGAAGACUGGACUGUAUAUCACACACACACACACCAGGGUCGGUGAUGACCUCCACAGUUUGUUUUUUACGUCAGUGACAAACCAGGACUGAACAUGUUGGAUUAUCUCCUGUAAAUAAAUAAAUUAAUUAAUUAACAUUGAA